CACGGCAUUCAGGUCUGUCCUGCGUGUCAGGUGUAGAGCCUCAUAUGUGAAGGUCUGUGUACAUUUCUGUCGCCGUGCAGGAAGUUUGUUCAUAACUUUAUUUAUGAUGACUUAUGACUUUAGCUAUUGAAGACCCAGGAGAAAAUGGAUCAUUCAGGAGUGUCCUGUGCCAGUAUGCAGGAGCCCAAGUCUCUAAUGAAGAUGGGCCUCUGUAUGGUGUUGGUGGGUCAUAUGAAUUUCCUGUUGGCGGCCCUGGUCCAUGGCACAGUGUUGAGGCAUAUCAGCCUUGACACCCAGACCCUGGAGUAUGCCAUCUCCAACAUUUUGGCUCUAACAGCCGGCCUCGUGGGAGUCUUGGUCGGAAUACUUACCAUAGUCCUUUCUAAAAACCAGAAAAACCGAGUCCUGACAUGGUGUGUGUGCAUGCUGAGUGCAGUAGGGGGCGUGCUGGCUGCUGCUUCAGUCGUCGGGCUGCUGGUCGCUUUGGUUUGGACGCUAAUUUAUGGCACUAAAGGCCUUCUGCAACACUGCAACUUGCCCGCUGACAUGAGCUACUUCAGCAUCACUUUUGAGUGUCCCUAUGACCCCACACGCAUUUAUGGUACCACUCUGAUCCUGUGGGUGCCGCUGAUCGUGAUGAGUGCCGUGGAGCUGGUGAUCUCAGGGCGCUGCUGUGCAGCGUCGGUCUCUUUCAUCUGCCGCAAAACAAGGAUACACUGGGAGACCAGCUCGGUGAAGACCCUCAGAGUAGCUGUGCCCCCAGUGCUCCCCUGCCGUGUCCCACCACCCCAGCGUUACCAUAGAGACUGUGAGCUGGCGCGCCCCCCAGAACAGCACGAGCUGCUGCGAGCAUCACGGCCCUACAGCUCGAGCCGCUCGGCGCAGAUCAGAGCAGCCUCAUCUCAAUUCAACAGAGCCUCACUCAACAGGGCCAGCUUCUGGAUCUAAUUAAGGCUUGGUAUUACAUUGACCAAAU